CCCAUCGCUAACAAUUUGCCAACCACUCAAUCUGAUUGUCAAGGCAGUCACGAUGCGUCAACAUGGAGGCUCCCCAACUCCUUCGGAGGGCGAGGUCGAUAUUCUCGGCUCGAUCUACCCCGGCGACGGCGAUAAUGCCGGCAACGACGGCCCCUCGGGCCUCGAUCUCGACUUCGACGGUUUCUUGCACGGCCAGGAGCCAGGCAAUGAUGACGGCGACGAGGCUUUCAUUGCUCUCCAGCAGGCGGCAUCCUUCAGAAAAGCGACUAACCUGAAGGGAAGGACGGUGAAGAAGGGCGGAGGCUUCCAGGCAAUGGGUCUCAGCAGCCAUCUUCUGAAGGCCAUCGCGCGGAAAGGAUUCUCGGUCCCGACCCCAAUCCAGCGAAAAGCGAUCCCUUUGAUUCUUGACCGAAAAGAUGUUGUCGGAAUGGCGAGGACUGGUUCCGGAAAAACGGCUGCCUUCGUAAUCCCGAUGAUCGAACGACUGCGCGCCCACAGCGCCCGGUUCGGAACACGAGCACUUAUUCUCUCUCCCUCCCGAGAACUGGCGAUCCAGACUUUGAAAGUUGUUAAGGAGUUUGGCCGCGGAACCGACUUAAAGUGCGUCUUGCUGGUUGGUGGUGAUAGUCUGGAGGAGCAGUUUGGAUACAUGUCGGCCAACCCGGAUAUUGUCAUCGCCACACCUGGUCGAUUCCUUCAUUUGAAGGUUGAGAUGAAUUUGGAUCUUUCCUCAGUCAAGUAUGUUGUGUUUGACGAGGCUGAUCGACUGUUCGAAAUGGGUUUCGCGGCGCAAUUGACUGAGAUUCUUCACGCCCUGCCUCCUUCUAGGCAGAGUUUGCUCUUCUCUGCAACGCUGCCCUCGUCCCUAGUUGAGUUUGCGCGUGCUGGUCUGCAAGAUCCUAGCUUGGUGCGACUUGAUGCAGAGACCAAGGUUUCUCCCGACCUAGAGAGCGCUUUCUUCUCCGUCAAGGGUGCUGAGAAGGAAGGGUCACUUUUGCAUAUCCUUCACGACGUUAUCAAAAUGCCAGUUGGGCAACCUGAGGAACCGCAAGACCAGGAAGGUUCAAAGAAGAGGAAACGAGGAGAGUCUACGGGUAGUAAACCAACCGAGCACUCCACCAUUGUUUUUACAGCAACAAAGCAUCACGUCGAGUACCUGGCGAACCUACUUAUUGAGGCAGGCUUUGCCGUCUCAUACGUCUAUGGUUCUCUCGACCAGACCGCUCGACGAAUCCAAGUUGAAGACUUCCGGAGGGGAAAGACGAACAUUCUGGUGGUCACAGAUGUUGCGGCACGAGGUAUUGAUAUUCCCGUUCUUGCCAACGUGAUCAACUUCGACUUCCCACCGCAGCCUAAGGUAUUUGUCCAUCGUGUCGGCCGAACAGCUCGUGCUGGACGACGGGGUUGGAGUUACAGUCUCGUGAGAGAUACCGAUGCACCCUAUCUUCUGGACUUGCAACUUUUCUUGGGGAAGAAGCUGGUUGUUGGUCAGGAGAAUCCAUCGCCGUCAUUUGCCGAAGAUGUGGUUGUGGGAGCACUGAAGCGUGAUUCUGUCGAGGGCCAUGUGGAAUGGUUUAACAAGACUCUUCGUGACAGUGAUGAUAUUUCUGCUCUACGAGGAGUCGCUGUCAAAGCAGAGAAGCUCUACCUGAGGACGAGGAACUCGGCAGCAAGUCAGAGCGCGAAGCGUUCACGCGAGUUGGUGGCAACUCAAGGCUGGGUGCAACUCCACCCCUUGUUCGGGGAGGAUGUCGAUGGAUUAGAGCAAGCGCGUACAGACAUGUUGGCAAGAAUCAGUGGAUUCAGACCUUCAGAAACUAUCUUUGAAGUCGGCCAUGGAGAUAGGUCGACAGCUGGAGCUGCUGAGGUCAUGAAACAGUUGCGAAAGAGAAUUACGCCUAGGAAGCAACAGAAAACCGAGGCUCGGGAGGAGGAGGAUGAAUUUGACGGCCUUGAAGGUUUGCCGUCUGGUACCAAGAUGGAUGUCGAUUCUGACGAGGAUGCGGAUGAGGUCGACGGACAAGCGGACGAGUACGACUCGGACGACGGCUUGGAAGUGACUGUUAGCAACACGGGUAACUCCAAAAAGGGACAGACGAACUGGCGAGAUUCGGAGAUGUUCAUGUCCUACACGCCUCGCACAGUCAACGCGGCCGAGGAGCGUGGCUACGGCGUCCACUCCGGCGGCGCAGGCUCAAGUUUUGUGGAAGCUGCCCGCGACGUGACAAUGGAUCUGACCAACGACGAUACCGCCAAGGCCUUCGCCGACCCAACCCGCUCCAAGAUGCGCUGGGACAAGAAGUCCAAGAAGUACGUCUCUCGCGACAACGACGAGGAUGGCUCCAAGGGAGCCAAGAUGAUCCGCGGCGAGAGUGGUGUCAAGAUCGCAGCCAGUUUCCAGAGCGGCCGCUUCGACAAGUGGAAGCGCGCCAACCGUAUGGGCAAGCUGCCGCAUGUCGGCGAGGCGGAACGCCCCGGCAACACGACCCAGCUGCCGACGGGUGUCCGCUACAAGCACAAGCAAGAGAAGGCACCCAAGGAGGCCGACAAGUACCGCGAUGACUUCGAGGUCCGCAAGAAGCGCGUUUCCGAGGCGAGGGAGAACCGUGUUGGCCGCUUCCGCGACGGCAUGGGCAGCAAGAAGGAGCUCAAGGGCGUCCACGACAUCCGAAAAGCCAGAGAGGAGAAGGCGAAAAAAAUGGCCAAGAAUGCUCGACCGACGAAGAAGAGGUGAGACGAAUAUGGUAUAUAAUGGUCAUUAUAGCGAUACGAAUGAUUCAAUGCGACC